AUGAACCGUAAACAUUUUCUUUCUGCUGCACUGGCUGCCGGGGCGGCUAUACCGGCCAUCGCUGCCCGAACCGGCAAUGAUGAUGACGAUGCAGAAAGCGCAUUGAUUAUUCCCAAAUACCUGAAACCCGGCGAUACCAUUGGCAUUACCAGUCCCGCCGGCUAUAUUACCCUGCAGGAUAUACAACCCGCCAUACAGCAGCUGCAAAGUUGGGGCUAUACCAUUAAACUGGGCGCUACCAUUGGCAGGCGCGAUUUUACGUUUGGCGGCACCGAUGCAGAACGGGUGGCAGAUUUUCAGCAGCUGCUGGAUGAUCCCUCCAUCAAAGCCAUUAUGUGCGCCCGUGGUGGUUAUGGUGCCGUGCGUAUUAUUGAUCAAUUAGAUUUUACCAAAUUGCAGCAGCAUCCCAAGUGGAUCAUUGGGUUCAGCGAUAUUACGGUCAUUCAUUCGCACCUCAACCGCAAUUACGGCAUCAGUUCCAUUCAUUCAAAAAUGUGCAAUAGUUUUCCUGACGACUGGACCAAGGCAGAACCGGUACAGAUAGAAACUAUCCUUUCUAUCAAACAGGCGCUGGCGGGUGAGAAAAUGAAGUACAGCGCUACACCCAAUGAAAAAAAUAGAACAGGGCUGGCAGAAGGGGUGCUGGUAGGCGGCAACCUGAAAACCCUGGAAUCGCUGGCAGGCAGCAAAUCUGAUAUUAAAACGGCCGGCAAGAUUUUAUUUGUAGAAGACACCAACGAAUACCUGUACAGUAUUGACCGCAUGUUCUGGGGAUUGAAGCGCACGGGCAAACUGGCGGCGCUCAGCGGGUUGAUAGUGGGUGGUUUUAAAGUAAAAGCAGACGAUAGCCCGGACGAUGCUUUUGGCCGCAGUUUACAGGAUGUCAUAUUGGAAAAAGUAAGCGCUUAUAAAUACCCGGUAUGUUUCGAUUUCCCGGUAGGUCACCAGAAAAAUAAUUUUGCCCUCAAAUGCGGUGUGUUGCACCGGUUGGAAGUCAAUAGCGAUUCCGUAAGUUUGAAAGAAAUCAGCCAGCGCGAUCAACAAAAAAAGGCGGCAUUAAAAUAA